AUGUCUUACGCUGCCCGGCUCUCCGAUUCUGAACGCAUCAGUAGUCAGGUUCACGUUACCAAAUGUCCGCUUUGCGCCGGCAACAGCAACAGCAUCCCUAGUACCGCGUCACCAAGGGCUCCCAGACAACCAGCCGGAGUCCUCAAGCCACCAGGCUGCAGCGGCUGCAGGCCUCCUUCAUCUACCGCCACGAAGAAGAAGCACGUGAGGUUUACGGAGGAUCUCCCGGGGGCGGGCGGACAGAAGAGAAGCUUGGACGUUAAGGAGCGAGCCACGGCCCGUGAUCUACUUUCCAUGGCUGCUGUCGUGAUGCUGGUUGUGGGGGUCGUUGCGGGGGUUCUAGGAUUGAUAUGA